AUGUCUGCAUAUACCUCCGAAUACCCCUCAAUUCCCUUCGACCCGGCGUACAAGAAGUUCUUCGAGGACUUCUAUGCCGCGUCAGAUGUCCCGGACGCACAUGAGAAAUAUGUAGAAUUCUAUACACAAGAUGCCACUCUGAUCAUGGCAUCGAAUCAGGUGCAAGGAACGUCCGACAUACUCGCCUUUCGCAAGUCAAUGUGGGAAAAAGUUUCGAGCAGGAUUCACAAUCCCUUGAAGAUCUUCCCGUUUGGUCCCAAUUCCGAUGAGGUCAUGCUUCGUGGCACAGUCCAGUAUGGCCUCAAGGCAGGCGGCGAAGCUAGUGUUGAUUGGGGUGCCUAUGCACGGUUGACCAAAGUCAAUGGAGAAGUGAAGCUGGCCUUCUACCAGGUUUAUCUUGUGAGUCUUAUAGCUACAGGGUUCUGA